AUGAAUGGGCCGCGCCCCUCGACUCGCGUGUUCCUCUCCGAUCUCUCGUCUCUACAGGCGGACUCGAAGGUCCGCUUUCUUGGCUGUGUGUUAUAUUAUAACAUCAAAACUGGCCAUUUGAUACUGGAACACAACUAUCCACGCAGCAAGAUAGCUCCAAGCUCUGUAUCUGUCGACAUCAAUCCUCUCCUCGAGGACCUGACCGCCGAGGAAUUGGGCGUGGGGACAUGGCUGAAUAUCGUGGGCUAUGUCAGAGAGUCGGAGCCGCUGCCGCCACCAUCUUCAUUCUCCUCGGACGCGAACCAGCCGAGCCAGAGGCCUUCUACGUGCCCCCCUCGUCCGGUGUAUGUCGAGGCAAUCAUGGUAUUUCCGGCCGGAGCUAUUGCCAUCGGGGAGUAUGAGCGAAUCCUUUGCAAUUCUCAGCAUGUUGAGCGGAUGAUACAGUUCAACAACUAA